AUGCCCAACACCACCGCCGCUGCAACCACUACUACUACUACACCAAAUCGAACACGAGAAGUUGAGAUUUCCGAACGGAUCAGCGAGAGUGUCAGAUUGCUGGAUAACGAGCCAUCAUUGGCGCUGUACAGACUACAAGGUCAGAGGGGACAUCGGGACAUCUGGAAACACAGAUUUCCAAAUUUUCCAGAACACACAACUCGAAGCCUUCCGGGAAUUGUGAAUCGACGGAUUCUGCUCACCCAACAAUCGGCGACACUCUCCGGCGCUCAAUUUGACUUGGAGAACACUUUAAGCACCACAACUAACAUGCAAAACGCCACGUCAUCGUUCGACAACUGUAUAGAAAUGCUGAGGAAUUGCAUGUUCUACAAGCAACAGCUGGAUUUCGACUCGUCACGAAAGACGGAGACAACGAUGAGCAAUGUGAAGGGGCGGAGCAAGUCGCUGCACAACGUGGCGACACGUGUACACUCGAAUGAGGCACCGACGACGACGUCUUCUGAUAAGGAUUGA